ACGCGACCGGCGCGCCCGUGCCAACUCCUCCCGCGCCGCCGUCCGUCGGCACGGCAGCCUCGCGACGGGCAGCGCACGGUCUCGAAUUGGCAGCGCUCCGGCGGGGAGCCGCUCGAUAUCGCGGCGACUGCCGUCCUCGGGCCGAGCCGCUCCCGCGGCAGCACCGGCUGGACUCGGCGUCCCGCCAGACGGUGCGGCUUCCGUCCUUCGCCGCCUCGCGACCCACCUGAACGCAGCGCCGAUGGCGGCCGGGGAGGCGCCGGGCGCGGAGCGCCUUUCGCAGCUGGCGGAAAAUCUGCUGUAUCGGCUGCAGGAGAAUUUUCAAGCUCUGACGGAAAGGAUAACGCUGAGAAUGGAAGAAAUGGGUGAGCGCAUCAGUGACCUUGAGAAGCACGUUGCUGACCUAAUGGCAGAGGCUGGAAUAGAGAACACUGAUGAUGGAUUGAGACACUGAAAUAAGCAUGUGAGCGAGAAAGAUAAGGGGAGAACAGCUCUGCACUGACUCUGCAGCGUGUCAUCGCUUACAGUCAGCGUCUCUGCUCACAAAAACCAUCAGUGAAAACAAAUACACUUGCAUCACCUCGUGAUAGAAUCUCCAUUUUUCUUUUCCUUUGAAUUAUUGUCCCAGGAAAGGAGUAGAAAGCUAGGUUUAUUCGUGUGAAUGGGACACUAUUUCCUAUAAUUGGGAAUAAACCAUUAGUCUCAGGGGAGGAAAAAAAUACGGAUAAAAAACUGUCCGAUACAGUGAUGAGCUUACCUAGUCACAAACUUUUUCAAUGUAACAAGUGUAUUUCAUAUUACUGACAUUAAAAUUUCCAUCACACUUC